AGGGGCUGGACUUUUUCCGGCUCACCCACAUCCUGCAAACUCGUUGAACUGUGCAAACUGGGAUCGAGCCGAGACUGGUUGUGCAAGCACCUCACGGCCGUGUGCAUGCACCAUGAAUUCGGAACCAGAUGGAACGAAAAGAAGGCGGUGGAAAUGCUUGAACAAUUCGCCAACGACGGUCACAGUGUCAGCCAGCUCUGGCUCGGAAGAUGCUACUACUCUGGGCGGGAUGUAUUCAGGGAUUAUGCGAAGGCAUUCUGGUGGUUCAGCGAGUCUGCCGACCAAGGUAACUCGCACGGCCAGUGCAUGGUUGAUUUCUGCUACUCCAAGGGGGACGGAGUCGGCCAAGACGUUGAGAAGGCAUUUCAUUGGUUCAGGCAAUCGGCCAUGCAAGGCAAUCCUUUCGGGGAGAAAGAUCUCGGCGACUGCCGCCGAUUUGGCUUGGGUGUCAUCCGAGAUAUCGACACUGCUAUGUUCUGGUAUCGCAAGUCCGCAGAGCAAGGCCUCGGGCUGGUCAUCAGCUGCAUCAAGGAGCUGGGCAAGUGGCCUUGAUUCAG